CCCCCUGAGUACCCCCCAAUUCGUAGGUUUUGAGGAUGCGAUCCUGCCUUGUGGAGACCAGCUCUUCCCUAUUGGGCCGCAUCUCUCUCACCAUCACCGAGCUUGCUGUAGUUGCCAGAUUUCAGUAUUCCUCCGAAAUCACUUACUGAGCCAGAAGGACCAAAAACGCAGCUUCAUCAAGUUCCUUAUUUCCUUCUUUAGCUGAGCCUUGAAAUUUUUUAUAACCAGAUUAAAACACACACAAAAAAAACACUCUCUUUGCCAGCUCUGGUCAGUUUCCUUCUCUCCUAGAGGAAAGGUUGCCAUUCAAACAAAAGCAAAAAUAUGGCUCUGCCCUCGAUGUUUUUUUGAAGCAGCCUAGCAGGCAAAAAAAUGCUUAGCAAGUGACGCUUUUCUGGAAAUUGAUGCAAAUUGGUGGGAUCAACUUACCAGGAGCAGGGCCAGAAAUAACAGAUGGCAAGACUGAUCCUUCCUUGCUCGUGCCAGGCUGUGAAAUGGCAUCGGAGCAACAUUCUGGACCUUCCUGUCAUUCUGGAGAGGAAACCACCACCAUGCAGGCUGAGGGUCUGCUGACCUUUGAGGAGGUGGUGUUGCAUUUCACGGAGGAGGAAUGGGUCCUCCUGGAUCCUGGUCAGAGAGCACUUUACAAGGAAGUCCUGAUGGAGAUUCAUGAGAUGAUAACCUCUUUGGGAGAUGUCUGGGGGAUCACGGCUGAGGAGGAACCAUCAGAAAUGUCACCGGAAAGAGCUGAGGAGCAGAAGGAGGAAUGGAAAUUAGGGAGUCAAGAUGGAGCAAGGAGACAAGAAGACAGACAAACACAGAAGCUGGGGGAUGAAUCCAAUGCUUCUCAGGGUGAUAAAAAUAAAUUUCAAGGGAAUAGUCAUCACCUAAAGGUAACGGGAAUGUCUCCUGAAUGCAGUAAACUCUUCAGUUGCCAAAAAUCCCUGAGUACACAUUGGAGAAGGCGUACGCAAGAGAAUCCAUACAAAUGCUUGAAAUGUGGGAAGGAAUUUUUUGAUACAUCAAGCCUCCUUAGACAUCAGAGAGUUCACACCAGAGAGGAACCAAAUGCAUCCUUAAGUUCUGGGGAAAGUGUCAGUCACAGUGGAAGUCUUGCUUCCCUUCAAAAAAAACAUGUAGAGGAGAGGCCAUAUAAAUUCUCCAACAGUGGCAAGAAUUGUUCUGAUCAGUCCAUGAUUGUUAGCCAUGAGAGAAUGUACACAGCAGAGAAACCGUAUAAAUGCUUGGAGUGUGGCAAGAGCUUUAGGCAGGAUUAUCAACUGGCUAUACAUCAGAAAAGUCAUAAAGGGGGGAAACCAUAUACAUGUCCCUACUGUGGAGAAAGUUUCAGUGAGAGAUAUAAUUUGACAAGGCAUCAGAAGAGUCACACAGGAGAGAAAUCACAUACAUGCCCUGAGCGCGGGGAACAUUUCAGCAAGAAGUCAAAUGUUAAUGUAUAUACGAAAGAGCAUACACGAGAGAAACCAUAUAAAUGUUUAGAGUGUGGAAAGAGCUUUGGCCAUGAUAUUUCCCUUUCUUUGCAUCAAAGAACUCAUACAAGCGACAAACCCUAUAAAUGCUUGGACUGUGGAAAGAGCUUCAGUCAGAGCAACUACCUUAUUUCACAUCAAAGAACUCAUAGAGGAGACAAACCUUAUAAUUGCUUUGAGUGUGGAAAAAUAUUUUAUGAUAGGUCAAAACUUUCUGUACAUGAGAGAGUGCACACAGGAGACAAACCAUAUAAAUGCUUGGAGUGUGGAAAGAGCUUCAGUCAGGAUAUAUCCCUUACUAGGCAUCAAAGAACUCAUACAGGGGACAAGCCCUAUAAAUGCUUGGAAUGUGGAAAGAGCUUCAAUGUCAGUGGCACCCUUACUAGACAUCAAAGAACUCAUACAGGGGACAAACCUUAUAAAUGCUUUGAGUGUGGAAAGAGAUUCAGUCACAGUUGCACCCUUACUAAACAUCACAGAACUCAUACGGGGGACAAACCCUAUAAAUGCUUGGAGUGUGGAAAGAGAUUCGGUCACAGUAGCUCCCUUACAUUCCAUCAAAGAACUCAUACAGGUGACAAACCUUAUAAAUGCUAUGAGUGUGGAAAGUGCUUCAGGCAGAGUGGCCCCCUUACUAGACAUCAAAGAACUCAUACAGGGGACAAACCUUAUAAAUGCUUGGAGUGUGGAAAGAGCUUCAGUGAGAGUGGCGCUCUUACUUCACAUCAAAGAACUCACACAGGCGACAAACCUUAUAAAUGCUUGGAGUGUGGAAAGAGCUUCAGUCACAGUACCUCUGUUACUUCGCAUCAAAGAACUCAUACAGGGGACAAACCUUAUAAAUGCUUCGAGUGUGGAAAAAGGUUUAGUCAGAAUGGCAAUCUUCAGGCACAUCAAAGGUCGCAUAAGGGGGAAAAGCCAUAUAAAUGCUUUGAAUGUGGAAAAAGCUUUAAGCAGAGUUCCAAUCUUAAUGUACAUCAAAGGAUCCAUACAGUAGAGAAGUUUUUGUGACUCAUAUAAUAAAAGUUUAUUUUUUAAUUACUCUUUGAAGUUGAAUAUAUGCAAGGAGCCAUAUUGAGAUGGGAAUUCUGUGGGAGAGAGGCUGGCUAAGACUUCUGGGUCUCCAUCGUUCUUUGUAUUAUUCUGUGGUUCAGGCCUUGGUAUAAUGCCCCCUCAAUCUCCUCAGUUUCCUUCUGCCCCAUAAGUUAUUUAUUUAUUUUGUAAAAUCCCUCAGUGGAUUUCCUAAAAUGGUAUAACAUUUUGAUUAAAAAUUAGUAAUACAAACAGACUGUAAUUUAGAUUUCCUGCUUUUAAAAAAUGUCCCUCCCCUUAUAUCUUUUAAUAAAGCAUCCUGCUUGAGCAAAAUCUUUGACAUAUAAAACAUUUUCUGAAAUUGAGAUGUCUUCCCAAACUGCAAGAAAACUGAGAUAAAUAGCUUGGGGUAGAGGACUUUCCAUUUUCCAAUUCUAAGUGUCAGGUGGAUGUUAUAAGCGCAGGAGUGAGACUGAAAAGGACGUUGGCAAGCCAAAUCCUUUUCUGUGUUCAAGAGGAUUAGCCAAUAGGAGACAGGGCUGGGAGGAGGGAGCCAAUCAAGAGGCAGGUUCCCAUAAGGCUCGACCCCUAUUCUUUAGAGGAGAGCUUCUGACUGGAGGAUUGCCAUUUCUUAAUUUGUAUGAUUUGUUUUCGUUCAGCCUUGAUAAAAUAAGAAAUGUAUCAUUUAUCUAUACCAAUGGUUCUCAAACUUCUUUGGUUCGCGACGCACUGUAAAACAAAAAAUUUCUGACGCACUUCAUGUACAAAAUUAAAAAUAUAUUAAUAUAUAUUAAUAUAUUAACUGAUCAUGGAUGUAAUAAAUCUCUAUGCAAAUGGGUUUCUUCUCAUUUUUAAAAUAUACUUUCAUAAUAUUCGCAGCACACCUAGUCACCUCUUGCGGCGCACUGUUUGAGAAUCACUGAUCUAUGCCAAGCCAAGGCCAGAGCACAGGACAAUAGCAAAUACACAAGAAGAACAGACCAUAAAUAAUGGAGUGGUUUACGCAAUUACCAAGUAAACAAAACAGUUAAGUGAUAAACCAGUUAAAUAGAAGAAAAAAGAAACAAAAAGCAAGACAAUGUCGUGGAUAGAGAUAUAACUAACAGGUGUGCCCCCGUCCUCAGUUUUCUUUUGCUGUUGCGUCUCCAGCUCUCUGGAAUCGGUCACCAUCUGAUAUCAGACAAGCACCUAGCCAGGGUCUUGAUAUUUAGGCGGCUAUUGGAAGACGCUUUUGUUUAAGAAGAUGUUCUCUGAAGUCAUUUGAUGGAAUCAUAAAUGUACAAUUGUGGAAAUUGCUUUAUUGCCUUUAGUUUACUAGGUUUGUCACUGUUUUCUUUCAUUGUACGCCGCUUUGGUAACUUCUGGCCGUCACAUGGUAAUCUGUGCAAAUAAAUAAA